CUGUUUCCCUGGAACAAGUCGGACAUUUCUCUUCAUUGACAUUUCAAAAUGGCGGACCAAGAUGCGGCGGUGAGAGAAUUUGUUGCUGUUACAGAUGUGGAUGAGGAGAGGGCCAGGUUUUUCUUGGAAUCAGCUGGUUGGGAUUUACAGCUUGCCCUGGCUAGCUUCUUUGAAGAUGGAGCCGAAGAUGACAUUGUAACCCUGCCUCAACCAGAGAGUGGCUCAGUGUCCAGAUCAGCUGGUCCAAGUGAACAAAACCGUGUAACAUCCUUCAGAGACUUGAUGCACGAAGAAGAGGAGGAUAGUGACGAAGAAGAAGGCCAGAGAUUCUUUGCAGGUGGAUCUGAGCGCAGUGGGCAACAAAUCGUGGGUCCGCCCAAGAAGAAGAGCCCUAAUGAGGUCGUGGAGGAUCUAUUCCGCGGGGCUAAGGAGCAUGGCGCGGUCCCCGUGGACAAGGCAGGGAAGCCUGGAGAAUCCAGCCGUCCAAAGGUAACUCUGGCAAAGGUUUUUGGUGGAGGUGGCUACCGGCUGGGUGCUGCCCCUGAGGAGGAGUCCACCUAUGUGGCUGGAGAGAGGAGAGCCUCCAACAGCACACAGGAUGUGCAUGUGGUGCUGAAGCUGUGGAAAAGUGGUUUUAGCCUGGAUGAUGGGGAACUGAGGAACUACAGCGAUCCUGGAAAUGCCCUUUUCCUGGAGUCCAUCCGUAGAGGGGAGAUUCCUCUGGAGCUGAGGCAACGUGCUCGCGGUGGUCAGGUGAACCUGGACAUGGAGGACCACAGGGAUGAGGAUUUCUCCAAACCAAGGAUGGCCUUCAGAGCCUUCACUGGGGAGGGUCAGAAACUGGGCAGUGCAACCCCUGAGCUGGUCUCACCCCAGAGGAUGAUGGGUAGCCCGCAGGAACAGUCCACCAAUGAGGCUCAGGCUACCGCCUCCAUCUCCCUCGACACCAGCCAACCAGUAACCAGCAUCCAGAUCAGACUUGCUGAUGGUGGCAGGCUAGUGCAGAAGUUCAACCACACUCACAGAGUGUCGGAUAUCCGUCAGUUUGUGGUGGGUGCACGCCCCGCCAUGGCCGCCACAGAGUUUGUCCUCAUGACCACCUUCCCCAACAAGGAGCUGACGGAUGAAGGGCAGACGUUGAAGGAUGCGAACCUGCUGAACGCAGUCAUCGUUCAGCGGAUAAAGUGACAGUGCCCCCCUUUGUGGCCUCCCCGAAUCACAGCAUUCUGAGCUCCCCGCCCAUAGGGGAAUCACUUGGACUUGUGGACUUCUAAUGGCUUUUUUUUUUUUAUUUUCCUUUAGUGAUUUUGUUUUUUCUUCGGUUCGUGGAGGGCAUUGAAGAAGAUGUUAAGACGGUAAUGUUGAGGCAGUGGAGGAGAGGAGAGUGGGGUGCAGAGCUCCUAGUGGUGUUGUGACAGUUGUAGGUUGAAAGGAAAGGGGUGGGGAGUCGACUUGGUUGUGGUGGGUUUGGACGUAUUCGGUGAACACACAAAUUUUGAUUUAAUAAAGAGCUUUCUUAAAGAGUUUGAUAUGUAUUUACCUCAAUGAUUGUUAGUCAUCUGAUGCCACCUCCCUCCCUUCCACCCCCUUCCCUCCCUCCAGAUGUAACCCCCUCACACCCCUUGUCUGUUCCUCCCACACACUGCCCCUUCCCUCCCUCCCACCAAUGGCGCAUCAUCUCCUCUUUUGCCAGUAGCCUUACUUUCAAAAUCCCAGUUAAAGAACACUAACCUCCACUAUCUCUGUCAGUUGAAGAUCGUGAUCUCUUAAAAGGAAAAAAAAAAAAAGGGUUGAAAUAUUUUUUUAUAAUUUUUUUGUCUUAUUUUACCGGAGUGAGGCUUAUAUUUGCUAAAGCUACCAAAAGGCUGGCUCUUUAUAUGAUGUCACACCAUAUUGUUAAUUCUGUUGCCUAACAACCAUUAUAUUACAAUCCUAAUUAAUGACCUAAUGAUAGCAACUUGAGUUGUCAAACAUAGAUGUUACUGUCACAAGAAAUCGUGUGGCAGUCAUCCUAUACUCUAUGCAGCGACUCGCAGUAGAACUGGAUGCACUGAGUGGGUGUAUGGAUCUUUGGAAACUUGUGAUUAAAAUCCUUUGUCUGGUGUUAGAGGA